UGGUAGACUAAUAAGAAUUUAGUCAUUCGUGAGUGCCGUUCGUGGUCUGUUCUUUUUCGAUAAAAUACGCGAGAAGUGCCGACAGAAUAAUUUUUAUCUAGUUAUUGUUUUUUUGGCAAAUAAAUAUCAGUAGUAGUUGCAUAUGACAAGAAAAAACAAAUUUAAUUGUGCAAAUAGUAACAACAUAUUGAAGGUGAUUGUCAAUUUGAUAAAAUAAAAGAUUUGUAAUAAAUAAACAUAUAUUUUUUUGCAGUGUCAAAAUUUCUUUGAGUAUACGUUCAAUCAUCACCCGUAAACCAGUAUAACAACAAUGUUAAAAUGUUGUGUAUGUACUAUUUAUUAAAUAAACAUAUUUAAUUAAAUUCUAAAAUUAUUAAAAUUGAAUAUAGUGCUUGUGAUUUGCCAUUUCAAACCAUCGAAAUUGAAUGUGUAUGUGAUUUCUAAAAAGUGUUAUAUGUAUUUAUCCUUGCUUGAAUCCUGAUACUUAUCUCCUUAAUUUAAUUCAAAACAAUAAUAAAAAAUUUAUAAGACAAAUUAAUAUAAAUAAAGUAUGCAAGAAUGCUUUCCACGGUAAAUGCUUAAACUUUUUUGUGUUUGAUGGAAGAGACCAUUUACCUAAUAAGAUAGAAACAAGAUUUAAAGAAAACUAAUUAAAAUUUAUUCUCUUUGUUAAACACGAUAAACGAUUCAUCAUGGCGGACUUAAUUCGUCCGCCGUUUAGUGAAAUUAAACGGCCGGAUGAAAUUGUGAGAAUGACUACUGCUGAUAAUUUAAAGUUUGCUGUACUAAUCGGUCUCAUCGAAGUUGGUCAAGUUACAAAUCGUGAAGUAGUCAACACAGUUUUACAUUUGCUCGUUGGUGGUGAAUUCGAUAUGGAAUUAAAUUUUGUGAUACAAGAUGCACAGAACAUUAAACACAUGUUAGAACUAUUGGAUCAUUGUCCAUCUAAUCUGCAGCACAUAAUACAUACAUGAAUAUUUAAAGUGGAAGUCAAACUCCCCCGUUGAAAAUUACUUCUUUGCGUAUUUUAAUCACGCACUUUCCUUGUUUAUGGAUGAUGUUGCUUUUGUACUCGUAAAACUGAAAAAUUACGAAAACGUGGAAUUAUAAGUAAAUGGAAUUAUUUGUAAAUGUAUUGAUUACCAGUAUGUUCUAAUUUAUCUGAACAUGUUGAAAAAUUCUGUAAUUUUAUUUUCAUA